UUCAAAUGUGUGAAACAGAAGGAGUUAUAAUCCACACGACCUGAAGACCAAACACAUUGGCUGAACAAGAAGUUGGAGAGAAGAAAGCUGCUCUGAUCAAAAUGAGAAACCUGCUGUAUUUGAUCCUCUUUUACUGUAUCUAUCAAUCGAGCACUUUGGACAAUGAUCUGGAAAAUUUUCUGAAAACACCUGAUGAAGAAAUGGAUGUGAAACCACUGCACCAGGCUCAAAUGCCAAAUCCCAAAAUGGGAAAUGAUAAUACGUGUGGAGGCAACAAUGUGAUGUUUGAUGUAGAGCGUUCCUCACAGAAUCAUCUGAUUGUAUCCAACAAGACCAUUAUUUAUGAUAAGAUCAAUCUCAACAUAGCCGGAGCAUACAACAAGGACACUGGGAAGUUCAACAGCCCUUUUGCUGGUACAUACUUCUUCAGUUUUUCGUCUCUGCCAAGGAGAGGGGUUCAGACUGACGUGGUCCUGAUGAAGAAUAAUAAAAGAGUCAGUGAAAUCCACAGUGUGCUGGCAGAUAAUACCAGCCAGCUCGCUGUCCAGAAUACCAUAUUGGAACUCAGCCCGUGUGACUCUGUGUGGGUCCUGCUUGACAAAGGAACACUCUGGAGCUGGGGUGGAUCGAUCAGCUUCAAGGGAUUUCUCGUAUGUCGUUCAGUCUAAGUAGUCAGCGUGAAAUGUCAGAGUUCAUUCUUAUCUUCAGUGUUGCAACAUAAGAGCUUAGUAGGAUAGAAUCGGAUGUUUCAAGUACAACCUGCUGAAUACUCAUUUCAGUAGUCAGAAAAUAACGUGCUCAAUUUUACAGACAAAGGUUUUGUCCCACCAAUCUCACAUAUCUAGACACCAAAAAGGAGAGUGGAUUGUCCCUGGAAAUCACAGAUGAUUUCAAGUGUGUUUGCGCUUUUAAAAAAUGCUUAUUGCUUGGGCUGCUCAAAUAAUUAAUCCAGUUCAUAGAUAAAUGUUGAACAAGGGCCAAAGAGUUAGAAGUUAAGUAAGAAGUACCGUGCAGAGGAGCCAAAGGCACGGAUCAUUGAAGACCGGGUCUGAAUGGAAGUUAAAUCAUGGCCUGAAGAGUCAGGGGAAGGGGAAUGAGAGAUAGCUCAUUAUAUCUCUCGUUUCCCUUUCUCCUAUGACUAUAGUUGCUCCAGCAUUUCGUGUCUAUCUUCAGUUUGAAGCAGCAUCUGCAGUUCCAUCCUACACAUUAAAUCAUGGCCUGCUCGGCAAAACAAAGCAAAUGUAACUUCAAAGGUGCAAAGAUAAUGCACUCAUGCUGUAUUUUAUAGAAUGUAGUCAGUAGCUACCGCUGUUUGCAUAUUUAUCAAUAA